ACUUCCAAGCCAAAAUAGGCAAGUGUGAAGGUUCCUCAUAAUUACGCCUACGCCGACCUAGUGCGUUCCGAAGUCGACCACCAACCGCCAUCAUCGCUUCCGAGCCUCCUGCGGCUAGUAUUCGCUACAUAUGUCUUUGCCAGUACCCUUAGAAGUGGACACCCUUUUCCAAAGCGUCCGCAAUGCGCUAGUCGACAAUUCAGCCUACCUGGCCCCUUUCUUACCGAUCGCGCGAGGCCAACGGCCCCUAGAGACAAUGAAGCCAUCUGAUGCUUUUGAUCCAACCAAAGAGACCGAGAUAGAGGCUUUGUGUUCUUUUAUUCGUAACGAGUUUCCCAACCCGCACAUUUCCUCCUUAGGGAGAUGGUGUCACAAAGCGACGACUGCCAUGCCUGACCCUUCGAUCCUCGAAAUCCACGGACGUCUAGCUGCCGCUUUCGAACAGCCUCAGACGCAGGAGAACAACACAUAUUUACAAUUCAUUGUAUUGACGAUCAUCCUGCACGCCUUAGGGCAUGCCAUCCACAACCGCUUCGUAGGGGUGAAGACCAACGCAUCGGCCAUCUCUGAAUGGCCUUAUCACCUUGCCGCUGAAGCUCGCCCUGGAGUCAGACAAUACAGGGAACAAGGAUUCGCCGUGGAAGAAGGUCUGUUUGGCGGUAUCCUUGGUGUAGUAUUCCAGAACGAAGAAGAAGUGAGAGGCCGUCAAGGGUUAGGGGGUCCGCGAGGAACUGUGCCAAAGAUCCUGGAGGCGGACUGGUCAAAAAUAGACCAUCUCUUCAUUCAGAGGCGCGACGGAAGUGUUUAUCGAAUUGAUCCUUCCACAGUAGAGCAACGUCUCCGCCCGCACUUGAACCUCGACACCUUUGAUUUCAGCAAACUCCAGAAGAUCUCUCCUCCAACUGAUAUUUCUUUGCGGACCUUCGCCAUGUUCAACGGCGAUCAUCUUCUCAAUGCCGAUCCUGGAGUUGGCGCAGAUACAGACGAACAUGUUGCUGGAGCCACAGUUCGGUAAGGUAUCUGACAUGAGCGUAAUGGACCCAAAGGCGAGUAUAACAUUUGUUCAGAAGUUGCUCGUUGAAGUUUAAUAGUCAACCUGAUGGAUAGAUGGUCUCAACCCGAAACAAGGAUCAGUUUUUCGGUGCGCUGGAUUAGUUUACGGUUUCCUGUGUACUGUUAGAAUGUGUAAAUGUAUAUCACUGAAUUACUGAACCUGUUCAGCCAAACCUACAAGAAAGCGUCAUUUAAAUACCAACAUGCAGAGAUUCGUUAUGCGAGAACCAGGC